AAUCUCUCGUACAAAUCAUUUUAUCGGCAGAGGCCAAGAAUAGCGACGUUGAACUUCGCAUUCAUCUACCGUUUCACCAACUAGAUAGUUUCAUCCACUCCUACAAGCAUGGUCAGAGUCUGGUGCACAAGAGCCAUCAUUAUAAAUACAAUGAUAUCAAUACUCUACGCGAAUGCCUUGAACGUGCAGAUACUACCACAAACACUAUCAUCAGCAAGACGCCUAAUACCUGCAGACUCACCAUCCUCUUUUUCAUCAUCGUCAUCGUUGUCGGCAUCUUUAUUUGCUUCUGACGCGGAAUCAUCCAGCGAAGAAGUAUCUGAAAAUUACGAUUCCUUUCCACGGUACUCCUCCACUUUCACAGCAGAAGAUCUAAGUACCGGAGAUGAAAAACAACAAGAUGAAAAACGUGAUGGUGAUUCCUCGCAAGGACAGAACCCUCUGUUGGAAUCGAAUGAAAGCGGGCAAAUUCUGGAGUUUACGGAUGAUUCAAAUGAAUUCUCGUCAAUCCUGUCACGGGAUCCAAAACCCGAUGACCAUCAGCAAUCGGCAGGAAUACCGUCAUCAAUAGAAAAUGUUGCCGGGAGUGCGGAAUUAAGGACGCAAUACCCAAAAGCUCUGAAAUCAUCACCCAGCGCAUCACAAAGUGAGCAACGUCUCACAAGACCCCAGGCCCUAAAUAUUGCGAGACGUUUUCCACUAAAAGUUUUGGGCCAACGUGUUCCAACCUCAAUCAUAAAUCAUUCACCCACUUUAUUCAACCCAAACACGGACACUACGACAUUUGCUCAGAAUGGAGCAGGGACACCGAUUCGAAACGCUGGAAAUACUGUUAUCCAACGAAUUCGCCACCCCCAGACAAUAAUCGAACACCGACCGGCAACUACUCUCAUAACCCAAUUAGCACCAGGACGUAGGACGAUUAGCCUUUUGCAUGAUAUUCUCAAUUAAAACUUCCACAACUAGUUACUGAUGAGUUUAUGCAAUGGUUGUAUAUGCUACUGCUUUUACUGCUAUUAUUAACAUGUACUCUAAUAAAAAACGUUCUACAAUAAUCCCACACAAUUAUCAUGAUUACAGCCUGCUCAUAUGAAAAUAAACCCCACUUAGUUGAAAGGUAGCUAGUAAAAACCAAGCAUUUACGAGUGUGGUUGUUAAAUAAAAAAUAUGCCAUUUUUUAAGUUUCUACAAAACGUUAGUUUUAUUAUUAGUGUUACAGUCUAUAGUACAUAUUUAUGCAUGUAUUAUCAUAUCAA